AUGGGUAAAAAAAAUUCAGUUUUGGAUAGGAUGAUGUGCAAUCUUCGGGCAACAUGCAAGUACUAUACUGGUUAUCCACAGGAUCUUGGACCAUCACCUUUGAUUCAUUUUUCGUCGGAACGUGAGUUUGUGCAACUUCUUCAUCAAGGUCAUCCUGCGGUUGUUGCAUUCACGAUCAGAGGUAAUUACACAAAGCAUCUAGACGAAGUGCUGGAGGAAGCAGCUGUUAAUUUUUAUCCUCAUGUGAAAUUUAUGAGGGUGGAGUGUCCAAAAUUUCCUGGGUUCUGUGUAUCACGACUGAGGAAGGAAUAUCCAUUUAUUGAGAUAUUUCAUAGUCCUGAACAGGCUUCUAAUCAGGGAAGAGUUGCUGAUUCUAAUAUUACAAAGUACUCUGUCAAGGUUCUACCUUUCAAUUAUGACCAAAGUGUGUACGGGUUCAGAGAAUAUUUCAGGUGCCACGGAGUGAAGUCAUCAGAUUCUGUUUAA